UCUGAAGGAAAGCAGCAGCACAGAAGCGGCGCCAGGGAGCGUAUUGUUUGUGUGUCUGAGCGCAGCAGGGACGUUGUGAGGGAUUGUUUAGUUGCGUUUGUCUACGUGUUGGUUUUGUUUUUUUGGUUUUUUGGAGGGGGGAGGCUCUCUCCAAAGCGUUUCAUUUUCCUGUAAGCGGCCGGUGGAAGUGCAGAGAUUGCGUUUAACAGUAAAGGCAAAAUAAAACGAGAUCGAGGUGUUUCAGAAGAGGCCCAGCAAGCACGCAGCAGAUGUUGGAGAUGGAUAUGCGCGCAUCCUCCGCGUCUCUCCUGGAAGAGGAACUCGCCUCUGCCAUCGAGCCUGCAGUGAAAGCGGCUGUGCUGAGCGUCAUGUCUGCAAUUACCCGGUUCGUGGACCGCAGAUGCGCAGUUUUCUAUGUCAGUCAGAAGGAACGAGAAAAGGAAUUUCAAAGCGUACGACUACGAUUGGAAAUAGCGGAGCGCGAAUUGCAAGCAGCAAGGAAACGAGACUACGCCAGCGCUAACGUGCAAAACCCCUGGAGCAACGCCGAUCAGCUAGCCGAAAAGGAGAAGGAAGAGAACCGUUUGAUCCGGGCUUCGUUCUUCAGUGAAACAGCUGAUAAACGUGCAUUUAACAGUCGGGUCAGCGGCAGCGUUGCUGUUGCCACUACACGGGAUCGCUCCACUCUACCAGCUCAGCCAGUCCGGGAGCCGGAGCCUGCAGUCCACACCGCACUGAAAAACUCCCGGGUUUUAAUCCAGGAGGAUGGGACCUAUUCCGAGCAGGACCUGCUGAUGCGAGGCGAUGAACAGAUGGGCCACGCAAGCACAGCGGGGUGGAGGAGAGCAGUGGAAGGUCCUGCACAGAGAAAUGCUCUCCCCCAUGCUGAGGAAGGGUCGAAGGCAGAAUCAGCUCCCAUUCAAGAGGAGCUCUUUGCCCAGGAAUGGUGCAGGAGUCCAAAGCAGGCUACAGAGCUGACAUCUAUUGAAGGGAAGGUGGAGGAGGAACCUGCACUAGAUCCUGAGCACAUUAAUGAAGAGAUCCCUGGAAUUGAGUGUGUCAUCAUUAAAGAGGAGGUUCUUGAACGUGAAUCUGACCCCUUUGAAGAGGGGGGUUCAGACCACUUUGAAAGACGGCAGCAAAUUCACGCUGGACAGAAACUGCAUUCCUGCACUGUGUGUGGGAAGAGUUUCAGCAGGUCAGCAGAGCUGAAAAGACACCAGCGAAUUCACACCGGAGAAAGACCGUACCCCUGUACUGAUUGUGGAAAGAGCUUUGGUGCUUCGACAGAUCUGAAGAGACACCUGCAGAUCCACACAAGAGAGAAACUGUAUCACUGUACACAAUGUGGCAAGGGUUUCACUCAUUCUGGAACACUUGCAUUACACCAGCGAAUUCACACAGGACAGAAACCCUACAGCUGCACUGAGUGUGGGAAGAGCUUCACUCAUUCAGCAACACUGUCUUUACACCAGCGGAUUCACACAGGAGAGAACCUGUACCAGUGUUCUGAAUGCAGCAAGACAUUCAUUGCAUCGGCAGAGCUGAAAAGACACCAGCGAAUUCACACAGGGGAGAAGCCGUACCGCUGCACCGAAUGUGGCAAAAGUUUCAAACAGAUGCCGCACCUUAAAACACACCAGCAAAUUCACACAGGGGAAAAACCGUAUUGCUGCACUGCGUGUGGGAAGAGUUUUACGUUCCACUCCCAGCUGAAGAAACACACAGAGUCCAGCCAUGCUGUCAGACACACCCCCUGAACGUGAUGGUGCAGUCCUGCUUGGAAUCAAGUGAAUACGGGUGUGUUCUGUUAGUGUGUGGGGGUCAAUUAGGACAACUAUCUCCUUUUUGUGACCAAAGACAAAAAGAUGGAACAGGAACGACGAUCAAAUGUAAAACAGUUUUUUUGGGGGUUUUUUUGGUGGAAAAACUGCUAGGACAUGCUGACUUCUCAGUUUUAUUUGCGCUUGAGUGACAAAUUUGGAUGUUGCCACUCUAGAAUUCCCUUUUUCAUCUCAAUUGCUACAAGCAGUACAGUUAAUCAGCUGCACUGGUGAAACAGCUGCAAGUCUAUCAGAAGAUGGUUAUCAUGUAUGAGUCUCUAGACCUGUACAGAAACAGAAGAAAGGCAUCCAGGCAGCCCAUGAGUGGCAUGAGUCACCACUGGGAUUCUUGAUGCCCGGAGACCUUUUGUAAAGAAGUUUUUGAACAGUGUUUAUUCACCUGCUGGUAUGAUUAGAGAAUUGACGGAUUAAAAAGUGUGGAUGGAUCGAUGCCUUAGGAAAUAGGCAAUAGUCGAAAUGUUGUAGCAAACUGUUUAAAUAGUGAGUCAACUGCUCUUAACCUUCAGUAAGUAUACCUGGUGAUUUGAGGCCGUGAAUCUUGAAUAAUGAAUCUUUCUUUUUUUUUCUGUUCAAUAUUUGUUGUGUUUUGAAGUGUGUUGGGCCUCGCUAUUGGUUCCCUGUCUUUCUGGUCCAGUUGAAAUAGCGUUCAAAUCUGUUUCAGAAUAUCGUGUGAGAAUGUCGUGUAUCUCCCAGUCUACAGUGGCUAUGGCAAGACUCCCCCUCCCAAAACAUAAAAAUGCAGUCAUCAGAAGUGGCCCCAGGAUUUUGAAAAUGUAGCCAGUGAAAAUACACACCCUGUGCCUUGUAUUGCACAUCCAACAGUGGCUGUGUGUAGUUUUCGUAGGAUUCCAUCUACACUGGAAAGAACAUGUGUGCGAAACAGGACCCUUUUUCUCAACUAAAAGUUAAAAAUAAAGAACUGUGACAAAACUAUCCACUCUGGUGGCUGCUGCAGUGCUUUCUGUGGGAAGGCUAUUUUUAUUUUUAUCAAAAAGUAGACAUUGCCCUCAACAGUGCUUUCUACGCUUUCAGAAAAUGAUGAUAAUUUUGGAUGGCCCCUUAGUUUUGUAGGUUUUAGAAUUUUCUUUUGUAUUUGGUUGUAUUUUUAUUUACCAAUAAACAAAAACAAACUUUUAAUUUGAAUGUUUUGGUAAAAUAUUCUGGUAUUAAUAUAGACAAACAUUUUCUAAUGCUGGUCACUCUGAUAUAUUUGAUAUCUUAAUUGAAUUCAUUGUAAAUCCCUUCACCACAUCUCUGGUUUGCAGCAAUGGGCAAAACUGUUCAUGACUAGUAGUAAUAGAUUAUAGAUUGAGUGUAACUUUUGUUCUCUGAAUUUCAGUAGCCCAGAGAAUUGUGUUAUGCAAGUAUAGUGAAACCUUAACUAUAUGUCUGAUUUUGAAUGGUCAUUUCAUAGAAACUGAAUAAAAUAUUGU